AACUCGGUAACUCUCGUACAAGGGAAGUGCCGCGAGGCCGAGCCUGGGAAGGGAGAGGGAAGCGUUCGCACGGAACUCUGUGAAUCAGUUCUCGCGUUUGGGGGUGCGGUGCUGGUAAUGUAGGAAGCGUGCACCGUGAUUUGGGCUACAGUGCCCAUCAGGGUCGCUUAGCGAACUGGGAAGCGUCGGUUCCUUUCUCUGCCGAAAGGCUGGCGGUGCUCCAGGGAUGCUGUGUGCCAUCUUUGACGUAAGUAUCAGACAGAGACGAGGGGACUCAGGGCAUAGCUGGCUUGUGCGUGGUAGUGAUAAGUGUGGCAGGUGGGUCUUUCAUAACGAGAUGAGAUUUUAUAUCAACUCCCAGCACGUUCCUCCUGCUGGCCAGAGGGCAUUGAGCAGUGCUUCCCGCUGCGUUACUUCACUGGAAGAAAACUGAGGUGGGAAAGUGAGAAAAUAAAGCUGGUUCUGGUGAAGCAGGAUGGCUCAGUGCAAACGUUGGCAUGGGAGAACCAGAGGCUCUCAAACGGGAUGCUCCUGUGGGGAAGGAGCUGUGGCAGCCUCCGGGAUGAAGUGCUUGCCCUGAAGCUCAGGUGGGCUCCAGCCCUGCCGGGUGCCCCGGGGCAGUGUCUGCCCUCGCUGGAAGAUGUGGAAAGGCAGCCCCGAGGAGAGCCGCCAGCACACUGUGAUGCCACCCCACAGCCUUGCCGUGCCGAGUCGUCUGAUUCCUUCCCUUUCAUGCCUCUGAGGCCUUCCCAGGGAGGCAGAACUCCUGCUGACUCAGCCGUGAGCGAAAGGGCUCUUUAAUUGCCGUAGUGACAGGGAGUAGCGCUCUGAGGAUGUGCCAUGUUGUGCUAACCUCUCUUCUGCGUGUUAGGGUCUAUGCGUGAAAAAAUCUUGGAUGUCUUCUGGUAGGUUUCAACAGGUCCUGAUCUGACAGCUUCUUUCAUUUGACAGUGUUUAAAAAUGUGGGUUUCGAUAGGUGCUGUCAGACUCACCUGUGGAUUUCAGCUGCUCUGGGCUAGUCUGCUGUACUGGCCUUUGGGUGCUGAUGGAGCUGAAGAUGAAGUGUGAUAUUUCUUAAGCAAAGGAUGAGGAUGUGAAAGUGUUUCUUCCCAAGGGUUUUUAAUGAGCCUGUGAAUCCCUUUAAGUUCCAUAUGAUACAUGAACGGCUGCUUCAUCUGCGUAUUAAAUAGCUGCAGAGCUGUGGACUUUUUUGUUUCCUUGUAAACGGAGCCAUCUAAUGAAAUGAGAUUUGGAUGUGGUUCAUCUUGUGCUACAGAAUGGCUUGUAAUUAGGGUAGCAUGUCUUGCUGGUUGGGGCCCACGUAUUCAACCUGAUACAACUGAUACUGAGUGGGAUAUCUUGGGCAGCAUCUAAGAGCAUGUGCUUAGCACCCUACAGUACUGGUGCUGAAGGGCUUUGGUGCUUCCUCAGAUUGGGGGAAAAGUGGUGGACAGAGCACUGGGGAACAAAGCAGUCAGAAUGGUUUUGUGUGGCUGUCAGACUGCAUCUGCACCCCUUGUCCUGAGAAAUGCCUGUCGCUAUGCUGUGUUUGGUACCUUAUUUUCCACCUCUCUUUAUUAAAGCUCCAGUCCUUUGCUGGAGGCUCAGCAGUCAGCCAGCUGAAGGCAGCUGUUGCCUUCCCCAGUGUAUAAUUUGAGGUUGCCCACCUGUCUUGAUGCAGACCAGCACUGCUGUAUCGAUCUUGCCAUCAGGUGCUGUUAAGCAGUGUUUCUCCUCUCCGCCCAUCCCAUGGAGCCAGUGGGCAGCAGAAGGGCCAGAGGAGAUUAGAUGGGAUGUGUUUCCUGGGAGUGGUGCUUGUGGUCAGGAGUCUCUACAUCUGCCAAGCACUGGGCUUUAUUCCCUGAUUGGGAAGCACUUUCCAGUUUCUACUGCUUCCCCUGUUUAAAGGAGGGAAGCAAGUAGACAGCCUUUCUAGGCACCUUUAAGAUACCAGCUGGCCUGGAAAUGGAAAUGACAGCCAGAUGUGGCCAAAUGACAUAUUAUAUAUUCAUUCUGGAGCCUUUUCUUUCACACCUGUGAGCCCUGGGCACUAACUGCUUGUUGAAUGAAGAUGAGUUGAAGAAACUGAUAUGGUUCUAGCUGGAGCUGCCUGAAUUCAAUGUCAAAUACUUGUUUCAUUCAUUACAUACAAAUUCUUGAUGCAGAAAAAACCACUGGUUUUAGGAGAAAUCCAAUUUUGUUAUGACCACCUGUUACUGCAGUGUUUUCCUCACCAUCCCUCUCAUUGCCAGCAAUGAGGCUGUGUUCAUCUGCAUUCCUUGCAGUCUGAAAACAGACAGAUGUGGGAUCUGAGAAUGACAAACUCUUAAGUUAACUGUCUGUCAGCUCAAAAUCUACUCAGGAUAGUCUGUUCUGAUGAAAUUUUUCUGUUAAAUGCCAUUCAGGUACCCCAAUGCUAAGUGAACCCAUUUCUUUUUCUAGAGGGUCCUGAUGCAUAUAGGCUUACAAAAUAACUUGUUUUAGAACUGCAGGCCCUUGAAGUUCAAGUGCUACAACUCUUCUCCUCAAUCUCCAUAUUUAUGACUAGUUUUUGUUGGGCAUUUCUGCAAAACUGCAGAUGCUGAACAUUCUUGUGAUAACUGUCGUGUGAAUAUUUUGCUUUGUUCUUGCUUCGAGCACACCCUGUGAAUUAGGCUGCCUUUUGUUCCUCCCAUGGCAGUUAGCAUGCCAGACUGUUGGCCAACGUGGAGCUCCUUAUUUUAAUGAGACCAGCUUCUCUGCUGGCUGUUCUGCUGUUGUUUUAUUUAUUUCUUUUUGAUCAAUGAAGCCUCUUACUGCGACUCUCUUGGGACAAUAGCUUCCUUAUGCUAAAGGAAAAUGUAUUCCCCUGGACAGAGCUGUGGGAAGCAUAACAUGCUCAUUAGUAAUGUUUGGUAUAUACUCUCCCCUUCCCUUGUUCAUUCAUCAAAGGAAAAAUGGCAUUGUGGUGAGGAUGGCUCUUUGUUGUUGUUUUUUUUUUUCUUUUAGGAAAUAAAAGUAGGAAUGGGAAAAGAUACCACUUAAAGCAUCUUUGGUAAAGUUGAAGUAGUGCUGGCUGUUCUGCUAGAAGGAAGUGGCUUCAGUCUGGAAACAAAGUGCUUGCUCCAUUUCUUAUGAUAGAGAGGGAGAAACUGAUGUAAAUGCUGGUGACCAUGCAGAAUGCAGUUCAGGUGUGGUUUGGAGAUGACCUUCCUUUAAGUCCCCGAAGUCCUCUGACUCCCAGACACGGCCCAGGUCUGGCAGAUGUGUGCCUGUAUGACCAGUGGAUAUCUGUGCGGCAUGAAGCAACUUUGGUGCCUAUGCAAGAAGACCUGUCAAUCUGGCUGUCUGGCUUGCUGGGAAUAGAAGUCACAGCAGAGCAACUGCUGGAAGAACUUGAUAAUGGAGUACUACUCUGCCAAUUGAUCGGUGUUCUUCAAAACACAAUUAAAAAAUCAUGUAGCUCAAAUAAUUUAAGGAAUUUUCCAAUGAGAAAAGUUCCAUGUAAGAAGGAUGCUCCAUCAGGAUCUUUUUUUGCCAGAGAUAACACAGCCAACUUUCUUAACUGGUGUAGGGCCAUUGGAGUUGAUGAGACUUACCUCUUUGAAUCUGAAGGCUUAGUUUUGCACAAGGAUCCAAGACAAGUGUAUCUUUGUUUGUUGGAAAUUGGACGCAUUGUAUCCAGAUAUGGAGUUGAACCUCCUGUGCUUGUAAAACUGGAGAAGGAAAUUGAGCUAGAAGAAACGCUGCUAAGGACCUCUGGUCCAGCAUCACCUGUUGACACAGCAAAGUCAUGUUGUCAUCAUGGGGAUCUACACGAGGCAGUUAAACACAUAGCAGAAGAUCCGCCUUGCAGCUGCUCCCAUCGAUUUUCCAUUGAAUACUUAUCUGAGGGACGUUAUAGACUGGGAGAUAAAAUAUUAUUCAUACGAAUGCUACAUGGCAAACACGUGAUGGUCCGUGUUGGUGGAGGCUGGGACACACUCCAAGGCUUUCUGCUUAAGUAUGAUCCCUGCCGAGUGCUUCAGUUUGCAACCCUGGAGCAAAAAAUCUUGGCAUUUCAGAAGGGAGUCACCAGUGACAAUAUCUCCAACUCAACAGCCAGAAUUCAGGAACCUCCUGUCAUGAACCCAAUGUCAGCUGUCAAUAUGUUUCAAAAGCAACCAGCUAACCCCCCUACUCCUGUUCCAGCCCUAAAAGCUGUCCAUGGGACGACAGCUAAGAAGCCUUUGUCUAAACAUCCUCAAUCUCCUGCCCUGACUUCAACAAAGGUGCCAGUGCACACAUCCUCCGCUGCCAAGUUGUUGUCAGCCAGACCCAAACUAGCAGAUACUCAGUCUCCUUUCAAACCAUUGAUGGGCACCUCAAAGAAACUGGCGUCUCCUGCGCACCACUCGCCAGCUCCUGUUCCUUCGCUGCCUGCAAGCAAGAGUUCUUCAUCUACAAGAUCAAGAGCAGCUCUUGUUCACUCUGAAACAUUACGCGAACGUAUUCGUUCCCCUGAUGCUCCAAAGGUGAGAUUUGCCCCAGCCCAAGGCUCCCCAGCAACAGGGAUGCAUUCUGCGCUCUCAGCAUCUAAGAGACAGUUGUCUCAGUUGCCUGCAACAGGUGAAGCAUUGGCUUCGAAACAGAAGUGUGUCCCCUCGAAAUCUAAACCUGUAUCUGUCACUAAAACCAAGGUAAAUUCUGUUGCUCCGAGGCCAGCCCGGCCACCUGCUAGCAAUCUGCGUGCUGUUGCCAAGUUUGCACAUUCCCAGCAGCUCUAUGUGAAAUCUCCUUCUGAAAAUACUACUCAGGGAUCAGGAACUGGGUCUCAGCAUCCUCAGAAAGCUCCACAAACAGCUUCUCACCUGGCAAGGAACCUGAAGACUGCUUCAAUCCUAAAGCACUCAGCUUCUGUACCUUCCCUGGCGGUUAGUAAAUCAUUGAAGUCACCACCUAUGCCGGGAUCUGCAAGCAAAAAUCUCAUAGCAUCUGUCAAUAAGACACCAACGACAGAGCAUCUACAGACCCAAAAUGUCAAUAAGCCCCCUGAGGUUGGGCCUUCCUCAUCCAAACCUCCUGAACGCACUCCGCUCUCUGUUGUGCGGCUUCCUCAAACUUCAGCCAAAGUGGCAGUGACCAAAAAAGCAGUGCAGCCCUCCACAAAAAGUCAGCCUUCAAGCAGAGACUUGCAAGCCAAUGGAAACUUGGUCCCAGCAGCCAAGAAACCUCUCUCUAAAGGAAAAUCAGCAACAGCUUGUAACAAAGGAGCACCUACUGCACCAAAAGGGUCUCUUCUGAAGAGCAAACAAGAUGAUCAUUAUUUUGUUAUGACUGGGAGUAAAAAGCCCAGAAAAUAAACCUAUCUGUUAACUUUUGUGGAAGUCCCUGUAAUGUUCAAAUGGGCCUCUGAAAAUUGCUAUGCUAAGGAGAAAAAUAAGUUAACUAACACUACAUUUGCCAUGCCAAAUGUUAGGCAUAAUUACAUUUUGCUGCAUAAGUUACAGUAACAACUGUAUUUAUUUUGCAGUUUUAAAAAAUUUUUAGAUAUAUUUACAAGUAAGUUUGCUUGCACUGUGGAAUAGAGGGUAACCGUGUUUGCUGCUAGCCUGACCUGCUGUGGGGAAAGGCAGGGGAGAGGAAGGGGAGCUGGGAAUGCUGCUGCUGUUUGUUUUCCAGGGAGUUAAGCUGAGCAAUUCUGGUUGUUCUAAGCACAUCUGCAUCAAGGCCUGUGGCAAGCAAUAGAGCUGUGCAGAUGCUACAAAAUUUCUAAUACCUCAAACAAAAUUGUUGAGGGUUCUUUCCCUUUUCUUUUUUUGUUAAUUUUUAAGUUUGUUAGUGUUCCAGGACCCCAAAUCUGGGUCUCCUGUGUGUAUUAGAGACAUUGGAAGACUUUUUUUUUCUUUUUAAAACUCAGAGGGUGGUGAGGCACUGGCACAGGCUGCCCAGAAAGUGGGCGCCCCAUCUCUGGAGGCACUUAAGGCAAGGUUGGAUGGGGCCCUGGGCAGCCUCAACUGUAGGGUGGCAGCCCUACUCAUGACACUGGGUGGGACUGAAUGGGUUUUAUGUCCUUCCAAACCUACACCAUUCUAUGAUAAGAAGAUUAGAGAUUUCUCUCUACAGUUUGACUGCUGUAGCUAUCAGCAUUCACUGUGCUCCUACAUGCCUUGACAUGGCUUCAGCUUGCUUGGAUGUAGAGCCUUGGCUUGCUUUAAAUUGCACAUAGAAAACCAUGGCCUUGAUCACUCUUUUUUUUUUUUUUUUUUAUUUUUUUUGUGCCUUAGCAAUGCUACUUGUAAAGGCCUGAGGAGACAACUUUGCUUAGUAUGUGUUCCAACGUGACUAUAGGUAAAAAACAAGUAAGCCUGUUUUUUUUCCAAGGAAGCUCUCGCUGCAUGGCAAGAAGUUGCUGUGAGGUCAUUUUCCUGCAGGAUGGACCCCAUGGGGCUGGCACAAGGCCUGUUCGGGCAGAGCCUUGCUGCAGUGCAGGAGUGGCCUUUUUCUGUAAAACUGAACUGCUGAAUAGUUACUGAUGCUUGAGAUUUAUUUGUGUGGGCAGUCUUAGUCUUUGUUGGCCUUUGUUUUGUUUAUGGAGACCUUGCUACUGGCUCUCCUGUAUUACUUUUCCAGAGAUGAGGAGUAGUUUCCCAAAGAGCUAACAAGGGCCUGUCUUUGCUUUAAUGCCUUUGGAAGUGCCGCAGAGUGAAGUGCCAUUUACUAUCAACUCCUGAAGGCUCUUAGUAGGUCCGUGUUACUCAGCAGAAAUGAGUUUCAUGGUAGAUGAAUAAAAACUACUGUCUCUGGAAGUAGCAUUGUUUAAGAUAUUUGGGGUUUAAUGAACAGUCAGUCCUAUGAAUGUCAAGGAACUCUCAGGUUCUGUGGAGAGAGACCGUGACUGCCGACUUCCACAGGCUGUUGUUACUCCUGCUGUCAAGAUAUUUACUUAUGGGUGGAAGAGGCACAUGGAAACUGCAGCUUCUGAUGCUAUAUGUUGAAUGUUUUCUUCCUAGAACUAGAAUAAGCAAGCAUUGUAAACUGAUUAUGAGUUUUCAUGUGCAGCGGUGACAUUAUCAAGCUACCUUUCUGAGCACCUUGUUAGCUUCAGUUAUUUAUCAAUCUAUUUAUGCAUCUCUACUGUACAACUCCGUUUACAACCUGCUGGGAGUAAACAGGAAAUAACGAUAUACAAACUGUUGGAGGAAAAUAUCAAUUUUAAUAACAGCUCCCACAAACUUAUGUUCAAACUUGUAUGUGUGGGGAAAACCUUACUGCUUGCUUAUUUUAUAAAUGCGCUGGCCAAAGCCACUACUGCAGAUGUUAAGAAUAGUAUUGAUUGUAGGGGAGUUAGGUUAAAAUUGGCAUGCUAUUUCAUACUCUGAAAGUAUUUUGCAAUAGAUGACUUGCUUUUAAUUUUGAUCUCCCAUAGAAUGAGCUGUGAUGCAAUAUCUCAUGCAAUAGAUGAAUUGGGGUUUCUUUCUGUACUAAGUCUGAGUGGGAUAGAGGUUGCUCUCUUCACAGCAGCCUAUAUGGUGCUGUGUUCUGGAUUUGUAGCUGACACAGUACUGAUAGCACAGCAGGAUUUGGGCACUUGCCAAAAUUUGUUUACAUGGCAUCAAGGCUUUCUCUUUUCCCCCGUGCUGACCCUGACAGCAAGUGGGUUGGGAGUGGGUGCUUGGCUUCUUGCUGGGUUCAACAACCCUCAACACUUUUUGAACUGUUUACAAGUUUCACAGUACUACUAUAAAACCGAGACUCUUGGAUCCCUGCAUAACAGUUAUCUCAGCAUCUACCUUUGAGAGCAAUUACUUGAGAGAAAGUAAAGUGGAGGGUUUCAACUUUGUAAUCUGUUAUCUCACAUUAUAGAUUGAAUUUUGUUGUUCAGAGUAAAAUGGAAAAAUGUAAACUGGUAUACAGGCACUGAAAAAGGAAAAAAAAAUCAUUUGACUGUUGAAAACCUAAACAGUUAAUCUAAAGAUGCUUCAUGUGCUACGUAUGGGUUAGCUUGGUUUGUUUUUUUAUUACAAAAAUAGUACGAUCUAACUUGUGCAAAUAAUUGCAGUCUUCAACUUUUUAUUCAGUCAUGUUAUAACUGAUGAUGUCAUGUGGCACAAGGUGAGCCAAUAAUCAAAAUGCAAGAAAAUACCUCCUGGUGAAAAAUACUCUUUUCUCAAUGUUUAUAUUGCCAAACAGUAAAUUUGAUCUUCAACUUGUAUUACUUUUUGAGUGGGAAAGAUUAGUUGGAACAAGAAUCUUACUUCUCUGUAUGCUUUUGAUGUCUUUGAGUACUUAUUCUAAAUAAAUAUAUACUGCAUCUUUUUACAUGCA